GCCCCUCUCUCUCUUUCUCUCUGACACAAACUUGGAUACAUUGCAGUUUAAUCGGGCCACAGUGACUCACACUUUGGCCCACAGACUUCUGGCGCUCAACAAUGUAGGCCACGCCACAAAAGUUUGAAACUUUACGCAUGGAGCUGGCGGCAAGACGGGUCAGGAGUGACAGCAGCUGCGCGCCCAAGGAGCAGGCUACAAAUGUUGGUUACUCUGCAUCUCCCUGGAAAGUCAUUUGAAAAGCUGGAGGAACACUGCUGCGAUGCCAAAGGAAAUCCAUUAGACUUUCCGUACUGGAUUUACCAGAGCUCUGAAGAUUUACAACUGGAGUAUCAGUUAAGCUUUGGUACAUAUAAUUUCGAUGACAGUUUUACUUUCAGUAACAUCAACUUUUGUGUUUUGUGGGAAACCAGGAUAAUUGCUUACAUACAAAGUCACUUUUGGAGAGGUUGGAUCUAAAUUACGCACCGGAUUUUUUUAACAAAUGCCAGCCUCUAAGUGGUCUGCGGCUCCCUCAUUUCUUCCUUCCAGCUCCCUUUACCGCACCGACCAAGCGUAUCAUCACCCUCUUCACCAGAUUCGACGCGGGGAGUAAAAGAAAAGUCUCUCCGUUUUUCAUCCCACCAGCGUGCAGCCCCACAAUGUGGGGAGGAGGUUUCCCGAUAUCUGUCAGCGUGAUUGUGACUUUGCUCCUGAUCAUUAUCGAUGUAAAGGCCAGCGGAGAGUUCUGCCACGGCUGGCACGACUCCCAGGGCGCCUGGAAAGAAGGGUUCCAGUGCCCGGAGAAGAUCGACGCAGAGGAUGCGAUCAUCUGUUGUGGCAAAUGUGAGCUACGCUACUGCUGCUCCAGCACGGACGCACGGCUGGAUCAGGGGAGUUGCGAGAACGAUAAGCAGGCACAGGAGCCCGGAACAGAGAACAAAGAAAACAAGAACUCCCGUGCAGUGCCCAUCUAUGUGCCGUUCCUGAUCGUGGGCUCCGUGUUCGUAGCCUUCAUCCUGGUGGGUUCUGUGGUUGCCGUGUGUUGCUGCCGCUGCCUCCGACCCAAGCAGGAACUGUCAUCGGCAGGUGCCACAGGAGGCGGGGCCGCUGGUGGGCGCCUCUUGGAAACCAUCCCCAUGAUGGCUAACACCUCCAGGGGUUCUUCGUCCCGACAAUCCAGCACAGCCACUUCGUCCAGCUCCUCUGCACCGCCCACGGCCCCACGCACGGUCCCACCUCCUAUGAUGCGGGCUCAGGCCUCCUGCUGCCUGCCGCCCGAUGCCAGUGUCUUCGUCAACAUGCCCACUAACUUCUCUGUUCUCAACUGCCAGCAAGCAACCCAAAUCAUGUCUCACCAGGGACAGUUCUUACACCCACAAUACAUCGGCUAUGCCCACCCAGUGUCCCCUACCCCAACCUUUUUGGACCCUGCUCAGGGAGGAUAUAGACCCCUCCAGUCUCCCUGCCCUCCUCCUACUGGUGGGUCUAGUGUCACUAGUGACCAGAAAUACCCUCCUGUGACAGUGUGAUGAGGGGCCAGCCUGCAGACCACUCUACCACUUUGUUGCAAACUUGAAGUUUAACCCACGAGGGCUGCAGAAGAGACAUUUGGGUACACUGUCAGGGUUGGGGGAGAAAAAAAAAAAAAAAAAAAGGUGGGAGGGUACACUGAGGUAAAGCUGUUUCUGGUAGCGGGGCCUGUCCUGCUAUUGGGUGUGGUGUCCGUUUAGUGUCUCAUAUGAUCUCUUGGUAAGUCACACUGAGCUAAGCUCAGCCUAUGAUGGGUUAAGAUAGAUUCAAAGACAAAACUGCAGGUUGAAGGGUCACACAGCCAAGAUAGUAACAACACAGAUUUCAGAGGUGUCUGCAGCUCAAAUAAUGACAGUAUAUGUUUGUGUGUUUGCAUGGAUACCGAUGUGAUUUGUAAAAAAAAAAAAAAAAAAGAUUAUAUGUGCAGGAAUGAGUGAUGACUGGAUGAUUUAUAGCAGUAAAUGUAUGAAAAAUGGAUAUUCAAGCGAGAAUAAUAUGACCACAAGCAGUUUACGCCAUGUGCACCAUCUGUGCUUGUGAAUGCCUGUGACUGGUUUACACAAAAUGGUAUAUUUUGUUUGUGUUGAAAGAAUGAGGAAAGAAAGUGUGUAGACAGAUGUUAGUACUGUAUGUGUGAGAGAGAAUGAGGGAGAGUGUGAACUGUGGAGGGAUGUGGUCUCAUGAGUAACUGUGAGUGAACUGUGUGUAAUGGGAAAUGCAGGUGGUGUGAUGUGAAAGGCAGUUGCAGUCUCCCAGUAGGCCAUUUAAACUCUAAUGAAGUGAACACAGGACACAGACUGUGACGCUCCACCCAACUUAUACAAUCCCCUCUCCUGCCAUCCAGAAAGAAAAAAAAAAAAAAACAAAACAAAAAAACCCACAAAUACCCCAACAGCCCCGAGCAGAAAUACACUCACAGACCCCUGAAUAUGACAAUUUUCACACAAAGCUGGCGGUUAAUGUUGCUUGGACGUUCGAGUGUGUGACACAGAGGGGAGUCAGCUCUUUGGAGAUUUCAGAGUUAAUUACACAGCAAAAACUCUGCCAGCCACCUCCUUCAGAUCUCUCCUGUGAGAAGUGUGUAACAGAGCAGCAGAGUCAUUUUCUAUUUACAAAAAAGGUACAAAAGUGGCAGUAUUUGGUUAGCAAAAA